ACAGACUGAGAGAAGCAACAGAGACAAAAACACACACAUUGGCAACCUGACUGCAACUUCCUAUUACAACACACACACACACACUCACACACACACACAUAGAGAAAGCAGUAUAGUCUGAAGAGCAAUCUAGAACUCAUCAAACACACACACACAUUUACCUCUCUCUAACACACACACAUAGUCAGCAGCAGCAGCAGCAGCAGCAGCAGCAUGUUUUGGUGGAGGCUCUUCCAGGCAGCGUGUGUGCUGUCCGUGUGUGUGUGUCUGCAAGUCGCAUAUGAGGAUGAUAUCGAGGUGAACUACGCUGACCCCUUCUACAAUGAAAUCACAGGAGGAGACACACUAGAACCCACACCGACUACUCCGCCCUGCAGUUCUGGAGACCUGACCAAGUGGGACAAACUCUUCUCAAUGCUGGAGAACAGUCAGAUGAGGGAGAACAUGAUGCUUCAGUACGCUGACGAUAUCAUCAAGGUGGAGAUGGGGUCUCUGCGUGGAGAAAUGCUCAGGUUUGUAGGCCAGUAUGGCGGCUCGUGUGGGGUUGCCGUGGAGACAGCAGGAAGAAGGAUGGCCAUGCAGUUUGAGGCACGCCUCAAAGAAACCAUGGAGCGCCUCAAAAUAGCAGUUCAGUCUACUGCUGCCGCCGGUGGGAAUUCUGUCGGAGAUCCCGACAACUUGGAGUCGAUGGUGCUUCAGCUCCUCUCUGCAGCACGAGCUCAAGCUUCCCAACUCACCAAGCUGGAGACCAGCUGCUUCAGCAGCACUGGAGCUGGAACAUGGAGGAACACGAAGUCGGAAUUCCAUCUUGCAGAGGGUGGAGGGGCCGGGCCCCAGGAGCAGGAGUUCACGUCACGAGAUGUGGCUCUAGAUGGAGUGCUGGCUGCACUGAAACAGACGAGGGUGGAGCAGGAGGAGGCGCUGAGGUUACAGAGCCAAAGACACCUACCCGCAGGCUGUGACAUGGCGCUCCUCUUCCCAAUGCGUUCCCGUCGAAUCUACACUGCGGUCACACCAGAGGUUCCUCUCUCCAUCUCCUCCUUCACCACCUGCAUGUGGUUAAAGCCAACAACUCUCGCCAACAAAACCGUGCUCUUCUCCUAUGGUCACCGUCGCAACCCAUACGAGAUCCAGCUGCUGCUCGGCCAAACCUCUGCGCUCUUCACCAUCGGAGGAGAGGCUCACCUGGUGGAGGCGCGAGGUGUGGUGAAGCCAGGAGAGUGGAUCCACUUGUGUGGGGCAUGGGCCUCCGAGCAGGGUCUGGCCACCCUGUGGGUGGGUGGGGAAAAAGUGGCCACCACACCCGGAGUUGCUGAGGGACAUGUCUUACCGGAAGCUGGCUCCCUCCAGCUGGGCCAGGAGAGGAAUGGCUGCUGUGGGGGUGGCCUCUCAGGCUUUGAGGGAGGGUUCGAUCCCAGGCUGGCAUUCGCCGGGAAGAUGACGGGAGUGAAUAUGUGGGACAGGGUGCUGUCAGAGGAGGAGAUUUCCGAGCUGGCUCUGCAGAAUGGGCAGGGCUGCGAGCAGAGAGGAAACGUGGUGGCGUGGGGCAUCACGGAGAUGGUGCCUCAUGGAGGCGCUCAGUUCAUCUACUAACGGACUCUUUGUGAUUUUCAUCAGCGCCAUAAUGAUCCUCAACGUGAAUAUCAGCAACAUCCUGAUAAGUUUUCCUGCUAAAAGAGAGCAGCUUACAUUGCUUUUAUCAUCAUCGUCUUUGUCCAUGUAGUUCCAUGUUUGAUUAUUAUGUUGUUAUAAGGACUGUUUUGUUCAUCAUCUCUAUCGCUAUUCAUCACUAUUGAUAUGAACACUUAUGAUGCAAUUGAAAUCGGAUGGACAUGUUCCGAUGGGAGGAAGCCGAUGCUGUGAGAGACUGAAGUUUAUUUUUGUAACAUAACUUUUUGACCUGAGGCCACACAAACACACAAACACACACACACAAACACAUGCUCACACUGACUUAACUUCAGCUAGGAAAACGUGCAAUGCAGCAGGAAAUGUGCUGCUACAGCAUUUACCAAAGACUUAAUUAGACUGAAGGGCAGACAAAGAGUCUAUUGAUAAAAUGAAUGGGUUCCGAGCUCAUAGGAGAGAAAAUGAAAAGUUCACAAACAAUUACAAGAGAUUGUCUUUAGAGAGGCAUGUUUUUUUUUUUUUACGACAAAGCAUUUCCUCCUAUCAAUCUAGAUUUGUGCAAGUGCAGUUAAUCAAAAUUUCAAUGCAAAAUGUAUUUCCCUUAUGCAAUUUUACUCGGAAACAUUAAUAUAUAUUAAAAUAUUUACUUUUCAGUCAUGUAGGUAUUUCCCCGGGCGCCGUGCAUGGCUGCCCACUGCUCUGUGUGUCCUGCUAUGUUCACCAGAUAGGUCAAAAGCAGAGGAUACAUUUCCCUCAUCUACAUGUAGUGUGACUGUGCAUGUGUUUGGGAUCAAUAAAUGUAUUUUAUUAAAAAAAAAAAUAGCGAUGAAAGAUGACUGUCAUCUAAAUCCCCAUAACCACGUAUAUACCUAUGCGUUUAGUGGUUUUAGAUAUAUCUUGCUGAUGCAUUAAUGAUGUAUUGUAAUGUAAUGUGUAGUAGUACAAGUGAUUUACGAAAUACUCAAAUACUGAAAACUGCUGUACUUGCUUUCACUUCAAGCCCUGCCAUAUACUCAAGAAAUAGAAUCAAACAAAAACAUUAUUUUUUUAUCAACAUAAUUUUCCUGAAUUUAUGAAAGUUUAAAGCAUUUUUAAGAUACUAAGAUACUAAGAUUUAAGAUACUACAGUUUCUAAUGUGUACCCAAGUGUUUACACUCAUAUGAGUUAUGUAAUUCCACUUCUGCUUUGUUUCUUUAUUGUCCUUAGUUAUCAUUUAAUUCUAGGGUAAUAUAUGUCUUCUUUUUUGAUACUGCAUAAAGUAAUAAGAGUAAAACUGUUAUAUUUGUCAUUGGAGAUUGAGAUUGUUUUUGUGAUUGAUACAGUAACUGAGGAAAAUGUUUACACCAUCUUAUCUUUUAAGAACUAAGUCGUCUUGUAUUAUAAUGUAAAUUGCUUAUUGUUUUGUUUUCUUGUGUAAAGGUGAUAUUGAAUGUAUUUUGUACAUAAAUAUAUUUUGCAUAGCAUGAAUGGAUGAAUGGAGAGUGAGUUACGAAUAAACCUUUCAAACUAUA